AUGCAGCUUGGCAUGUUAGCGGAAAAAGCUGUAUCCAAGAUCCACCUAUGUGUUAUUCAUCUCCGGUCUUCAGCCAGAGCAGAGAUCCACUGGACAGGAGUGGAAGACAUGGCUCAGAUUCAAUACACCUCCGCACGUCAUCAACUCUGCGCGGGCUCACCGGAGGUCGAGGAAACCUUAGCAGCGCUUCUAGCUCCGCGGGAGAUGGUGCUGCUGACCUUGACAGCUAUUGCAGCUGGGACUGCUGGUGCUGGUGUCACAUGGAGCAGGUGCGGAAAAGCAGCUCUGGGCCGCAAGAUGAAAAGCCUCGCCGAAUCCCUCAUUAGCAAGGCGCUGGCUGGCAGCCCGUGCAAACUGGGCUCUGUCGAUUUCAAGCUUUCCGGCUGCGAGAUGCAGAUCGGAGUGUCAGGAGUGGAAAUCGGAAACUUGGCGCCUUACAAGAGCGAGUCGCUGCUCCGGAUUCCCUCCGUGUAUGUGUCUGUCAACCUGAAGUCCUUUGCGACAUCAGGUUUCCGGCAAGCUACCAUUGAGGAGCUAAUUGUGGACGGCCUUCAGCUGACGGUGGAGAAGAUCCACCUGAGCACCAGCAAUGUAAAGGACUUGCUGGACAAGAUGAACCAAAAAGAGUUGGAUGACAUGCCAGCGCCAGAGAAUGAGCCGGACGAGCAAGUGACUGGUGUGGUGUCCCAAGCCACGUACACUGCCGGCAGAGUGGCCGGCAUAGUCAGCAAUACCGCAAGCGGCAUAAACCAACUUGGACAGUCAACUGCAGCGCGCGUUGCAGCCAUCGGAAAGCCUCACAAGCAGGAAGAGCGCAAGGAAGCCAAGGUGUGCAUCAAAAUGGUGGAUAUUCGAAGCAUCACCGUGCGCUCGGUGAAUUCACUGGUGACUGAUCAGAGCUCGAGCCUGUCCAUGAAGGCCCCGCCGAUCCGCAUCAAGAACUUCUCCGAGUCCCACGGCACCCAGAAAGCCGCUCAAAUGAUCCAGCUUCUGCUCAAAGAGAUCUUGGGCUCCGCGAGCCGAGUGGUUACAGAUCUGGCCAAAGAAAGCGUAAGCUCUGCAGGAUCGUACCUCGGCGAUGCCGUGAGCACUGUUUCAACGGCUGCAGCUUCAGUAGGGACUGCAGUGGGUGGAGCAGUGGGUGGAGCAGUGCUGUAUUCGGCUGAUUCUGUUUGUGUUUUUUGGAAUUGGCUGUCUCAGCCGGCGCUCCCUUCCAAAUAG